AUGGCCUCCGAAAUCACUGAUGUAAAUUACUGGAAACAAAAGGCCGAAGAAUAUAAGCAAUUAUGGGAAGAGGAAAAAGAAGAAUUCAAAGAGUUUCAGUUUAAUUCUAAAGAAUUGGAAUCUGAGCUCGAAACCCAAUUGGAUUUGCUCGAGAAGAGUAACGCUGAACUUCAAGCCAAGUUGGAACGUAUUACUAUAGAGAAUGAGACUAGUUAUGAAAAGCAUGAUGCAGUAGUUGCCAGACUUAAUAGGCAAAUCACAAAUUUACAAGAUGAAGUCAACAACCUCAAGACAGAAUCCGCCCAUAGAAAGGACUAUAUCCGUCAAUUAGAGCAGGCCAAUGAUGACCUUGAGCGAUCUAAUCGAAAUGCCCUGGCCUCAAUUGGGGAUAUUGAGGAUAGGCUGAAUCAGGUUCUUGAAAAGAAUGCGUUGCUUGAAGUGGAAUUAUAUGAAAAGGAGGAACUUAAUGUUUGUAUUCAGAGGCUUAAAGACGAAGUUAGAGAAUUGAAUCAGGAGCUUAACAUUCGGUCCCGUGCUCCUAUAACCCCGGAAAAAUCUAUUCCUCCUCAAAUUCCAGUUGACCAUAUAAUUCGAGAUACCACCGAGGCCUGUAUGCAAACGGAAGGCCAAAUGCGUACCCCCUCUUUGCCUGCUGUCCCAUCCACUCUACCUCGUCCGCUUACCCCCUCCACACGGAUUACGGCCCUUAAUUUGGUUGGUGAUCUCCUACAAAAGGUCGCUCAAUUGGAAGCCAACUUCGCCAAUGCCUGCCGAUGCUAUGACGCUGUGCCUACAAAACUCUCGAAAAUUGUCGAUCACCAUGGCCCUACACCUACCGCGAACGGUGCCGCACACUAA